AUGUCGAGCAAGUCUUGGUAUACCCUCAAGUCCAAGGCCGUACAUACGCGGUAUGGCUUGACCAAGAACAUUCAAGUCCUCCUUCAGGGUUUGGAAAGCUUUCACGCCGGUGUUAUCGACGCCAGAGAGCUGGGAAGCAUGGUCCGGCUGAGUCCUCGCCGCAGAGAAUCAGUUGCUGCAACAAUCGCCAAGUGCGCGCGCAUGAUCAAUAAGGACCCCCAAGAGUCCAAGACCUGUGUCGACAUCAUUGAGAUGUGCACCGAGAUCCUUGAAAUUGCCGACCGACCACCACCCAUCGAGGGCUUUCCUUUCAUGAGACUACCUGCAGAGAUCCGAGAGUAUAUUGUCGACUUGAUGGUUGAUACCGUCUUCAAAUCGAAGGGUAUCAAACCCAGUUCACGAAAAGUGAGCUGCAACUGUCCGCAGCUGGAACGUGAAUUCGGGUCUUUCCACACUCCUCAGAUGAAAACUUUGCCAUCUAUCUUGGGUCCAGCACUCAACCACGAAUUCUUUCGCAUCUUCUUUCGGAAGAAGGCUGUCCGUUUCCGCUGCUGCUGCGAACUUCUCUAUCAUCUCGACAGUAAUCCCCUGCUUGUGCAGAAUGUCCGCGACAUCAAGGUUCACUGGUGCGGACCCAAGUCGGCAAAAACCUUCAAAAAGCUUGCAGAAUGUGAUAAGCUCGAGGGUUUGACCAUCAGCAUCUCAAAAUCCACGCUUGCCAACCUCAGUCCACGAGCCGAUCUAAUGAAGCAAUUCUUCCCGCUAUCCUAUCGCCAUGUCAGAGUCACCGACAUUCUGGGAUUGGACGAGAUUUUGACCAUUCGGGGCCUCAAGGAGGUGUCAGUCACCCACCUCCAAACAAGGAGCACCAACCUCACCGCUGAGACUGAUAGAGCGAAUCUCUCAGAAAUGCUUGCUCAUCAACUCAAGAGAGAAAAGGGUUACGACCCGCUUGACGAGUUCUAGGUGGUCAGAAAGGAGUCACGGAAGCUGAGAAUUUGCGAGAACGAUGACACCCAACUACAUGUGCAGAACAGGAAAACAACAUGGUCCGAGUUUGGAGCAAGGCGUAAGGAAUAGACAUACUAAUGCUUGUCCUCAUGGACAGAUUGAUUUGACAGGCUAAGCAUAGAAGGAUGCGUGCUGGUACACAAAUGAACGGGAAUAGAUAGAUAGAUUAAUUACUAAUCUAGGGAAUGUAACAACUGUCAAAUUACGGAAGACUCCA